UCCAAUAAAACCCCUCUCUCUCUAUUCUCUCUCUCUCUCUCUCGCUCAGAGUGGAGAAUCCGAAUCGCGAAAAAUGGGUCUACGAAUUUCCGGUCGGGUCGUCGCCAUUGUUUUCUGCUCGCUUCUCUUGUUCACAACUGGGCACUCCUUCUACCUCCCUGGUGUUGCACCUCGCGAUUUUCUAAAUGGAGAUGAACUUCAGGUCAAAGUGAACAAGCUAUCAUCUACUAAGACACAACUUCCAUAUGAUUUCUAUUUCUUGAAAUACUGCAAGCCAGCUAAAAUCCAGAAUGUUGCGGAAAACCUUGGAGAAGUUCUUCGAGGAGACCGUAUAGAGAAUUCUAUUUAUACUUUUCACAUGAGGGAAGAGCAGUCGUGCACUGUUGCUUGCAAAGUUAGUCUUGAUACUCAAGCUGCAAAGGAUUUUAAGGAAAAAAUUGAUGAUGAGUACAGAGCCAAUAUGAUCCUAGAUAACCUUCCAGUAGCUGUACUUAGGCAAAGGAGAGAUGGAAUUCCUUCAACAACUUACGAGCAUGGUUUUCGUAUUGGGUUCAAAGGGAAUUAUGCUGGGAGCAAAGAUGAGAAAUAUUUUAUUCAUAACCACUUAAGCUUCAGAGUUAUGUAUCAUAAAGAUCCUGAAACUGAUUCCGCUCGAAUUGUUGGAUUUGAAGUCUCUCCUGGCAGUAUUAACCAUGAGUACAAGGAGUGGGAUGAGAAGAACCCUAAUGUGCCAACAUGCAACCAGAACACCAAAAAUUUGAUUCAGGGGAACAACGUUCCUCAAGAAGUGGAAAAAGGCAAAGAAGUCGUAUUUACUUAUGAUGUUACUUUCAAGGAAAGUAAUAUUAAGUGGGCGUCACGGUGGGAUACCUACCUCCUCAUGAAUGACGAUCAAAUUCAUUGGUUCUCAAUCAUCAACUCUUUGAUGAUUGUCCUCUUCCUUUCUGGUAUGGUUGCCAUGAUAAUGAUGAGAACCCUUUACAGAGACAUUGCAAACUACAACCAACUGGAAACCCAAGACGAAGCUCAAGAAGAAACUGGAUGGAAACUCGUCCAUGGAGAUGUUUUUCGAGCACCUCUAAACUCCGGAUUGCUCUGUGUCUAUGUGGGAACCGGCGUUCAAAUCUUCGGAAUGACACUUGUGACAAUGAUCUUCGCAUUGCUAGGUUUUCUCUCUCCGUCCAAUCGAGGCGGACUUAUGACUGCCAUGGUUCUGUUGUGGGUGUUCAUGGGAUUAUUCGGUGGCUACUCUUCCGCUCGUCUCUACAAAAUGUUCAAAGGCACCGAAUGGAAGAGGAACACCUUAAAAACGGCAUUCAUGUUCCCUGGAAUUCUAUUCGCUAUCUUCUUCGUACUGAAUGCACUUAUCUGGGGAGAAAAAUCAUCUGGAGCUGUGCCCUUUGGUACAAUGUUUGCCCUUGUCUGUUUAUGGUUUGGAAUAUCGGUGCCGUUGGUAUUUGUCGGUAGUUUCUUGGGCUUCAAAAAACCCGCGAUGGAAGAUCCUGUAAAGACCAAUAAAAUUCCGAGACAAGUACCUGAACAGGCCUGGUACAUGAAACCGAUAUUCUCUAUACUAAUCGGAGGCAUUCUUCCAUUUGGUGCCGUUUUCAUCGAACUGUUCUUCAUCUUGACUUCGAUAUGGCUGAACCAGUUCUAUUACAUCUUCGGCUUCCUCUUCAUAGUCUUUGUGAUCUUGAUAGUCACAUCUGCAGAGAUAACAGUUGUCCUUUGCUACUUCCAGUUAUGCAGCGAAGACUAUAACUGGUGGUGGAGAGCUUACUUGACAGCUGGCUCGUCCGCUUUGUACCUUUUCUUGUACUCGGCUUUCUACUUCUUCACCAAGUUGGAAAUUACGAAGCUGGUUUCGGGUAUUUUCUACUUUGGCUACAUGCUCAUUGCAUCGUAUGCUUUCUUUGUCUUGACGGGGACAAUUGGCUUCUACGCUUGCUUCUGGUUCGUUAGGAAGAUAUAUUCCUCGGUGAAAAUCGAUUGAUGUAGGAAAUCACGGUUACGGAAUUCAACGAUAAUGUAGGACUGUAUUUGGGACGUGGAUGAAUCAUGAAAAGAGAAAGUUAAAUGUUGUUAUCCAGUGUAUAUUUUUCACUGCCUGCUAAACCUCAAUUUUCUGCUACCGAUGUCGGGUUUGGCUUGUACUUUAAUCUUCUUGCUUUUUUUUUCUUCCCGAUACGAAGAUAGUUUAUUAAGGAACCUGUGACCGAAGUUGAAGAUCUUAGUUUUAAUCGAACUUUUCUCCAUAUAAGGCAACGUAUGUUGUUGUUUAUUAUGUAUUCUGGUUUUCAUCCU